ACCUCUUCUCCAGCUACAGCAUCAGCAGGCUCUUUGGUUGGAUGCAAUAGACGGAUCACGAGGGGAAGUUGCGCUGUCCUUUCUUUGCAACCGAGAGGCACACUGACCCACAUCAGAAAGCUAAUUAGAGCUCACUUCUUAAAUCCCAACAUUCGCUGUGUUUUAUCAAUUAAAAACGAGAGAAAGGAUCACCCCAGAGAUCCAGGUUGUCAGAACUUGCACUGUAGGAUCUUUCAGUAGAGAGACUGGGAGUGUUCUGGUAAGAUUGCAUAGGCAGUCCUGCUCUCCAUUUAAAAACAGACCCAACCUGAGUUCCAGUCCGCUGUCACCUGGAGCAACUAGACCCCAGUGACAGUAACUCAAUAUGGGGAUGCAAGCCCUCUUCCUGGGCUGUGUGGCUACCACCAUCCUACUCCAGUUUGCCAGUGGUGGCCUGGUGAAGAAGAUCAUCCGCCACCGGAGGGAGUCCCUGAUGACCCCCACCAUGGAGAACGUCACCCUCCCCAGCCCUGACCAGCCCGUGGUCUUCAACCACGUCUACAACAUCAACGUCCCCGGGAGUUCCCUCUGCAGCGUGGACCUGGACUCCCCUGGCGUGACCGAGCUCAAGCCCAAACCCGCCCCUGGCCCCGCACACCUGUCAGACCCUCACGCCGCUGACCAUCACACCGUGGACGGGGACAACCAGAUCGUCUUCACCCACCGUAUCAACAUCCCCCGCCAGGCCUGCGGCUGUGACGGCCACCUCCCGGAGCUGAAGGACCUGCUGAACCGAGUGGAAAUGCUGGAGGCCGAGGUGUCCGCCCUGAGGGAGCAGUGCACCAUGGGUGCCGGCUGCUGUGGGGCACAGGUUACAGGUGAGGUGGGGACUAAGCCCUACUGCAGCGGCCAUGGCAACUACAGCACGGACUCCUGCGGCUGCGUGUGUGAGCCUGGCUGGAAAGGGAGCAACUGCUCCGAGCCUGAGUGCCCGGAGGACUGCCAGGACCAGGGCCGCUGCGUGGAUGGCAAGUGCGUCUGCUUCGAUGGCUUCGGGGGUGAGGACUGCAGCAUUGAGCUUUGCCCGGUGGACUGCGGAGAAGACGGACGGUGCAUCGGCGGAAUCUGCGUAUGCGCGCCGGGAUACUCGGGCGAGGACUGCUCCCAAGCUGACUGCCUGAACAACUGCCUGGGCCGCGGCCGCUGCGUAGACGAGGAGUGCGUCUGCGAGGAGCCCUGGACGGGCUUCGACUGCUCCGAGCUCAUCUGCCCCAACGACUGCUUCGACCGCGGCCGCUGCGACAACGGCACCUGCUACUGCGACGAGGGCUUCACCGGGGAGGACUGCGGCCAGCUCACCUGCCCCAGCGACUGCAACAACCGCGGCUUCUGCGUUGACGGCAAAUGCGUCUGCAGCGCCGGCUACACCGGCGAGGACUGCUCCAAGAUCACCUGCCCGAACAACUGCAACGAGCGCGGCCACUGCUUCAACGGCAUGUGCAUCUGCGACCCCGGCUUCGACGGCAACGACUGCGGGGAGCUUUCCUGCCCGGACAACUGCAACAACAGGGGUCGCUGCGUGGAGGGGGAGUGCAUGUGCGACGCCGGCUUCCAGGGCGAUGACUGCAGUGAGCUCUCCUGCCCCAACAACUGCCAGAACAGGGGGCUGUGCGUCAACGGCCAGUGUGUGUGCAAGGAAGGCUUCUCCGGAGAGGACUGCAGCGUCCGCACCUGCCCCAACGGCUGCCACGGGCGAGGAAAGUGCGUCGACGGCAAGUGCGUGUGCCAUGCCGGCUUUGGCGGCCGAGACUGCAGCACGCUGACCUGCCCCAACAAUUGCCUGAACCGUGGCCGUUGCGUCAAAGGGCAGUGCGUGUGUAAGGAAGGGUUCUCCGGUGAGGACUGCAGUGUCCGUACCUGCCCCAACAACUGCCGGGACCGGGGGUACUGCGUGGACGGGAAGUGCGUGUGUCUGGAGGGUUUCACCGGCAUGGACUGCUCCGAGCUCACCUGCCCCGAAAACUGCAACAACAGGGGGCGCUGCGUCAACGGGUUGUGCCUGUGCGAGGUUGGCUACACGGGGGAGGACUGCGCAGACUUGGCGUGCCCAAACAACUGCAAUGACAGGGGCCGUUGCGUGGAUGGGCUGUGCAUUUGCGAUGAGGGCCUCAUCGGCGAAGAUUGUUCUGGAGUCUCUCCUCCAAAGGACCUGACCGUGACAGAGGUGACCCCGGAGACGGUGAACCUGACCUGGGUAAAUGAGAUGGCCGUGACAGAGUACCUGAUCACCUACACCCCAACUGCCCUCGGCGGGCUAGAGUUGGACAUGCGUGUACCAGGUGACAAGAAAGCUGCCACCAUCCGUGAGCUCGAGCCUGGCGUGGAGUACCUGAUCAGCGUCUACGCCAUCCUCAACAACAAGAGGAGUGUUCCUGUCAGUGCCCGCGUGGCCACACAUCUCCCGGCACCCGAGGGCCUGAAGUUCAAAUCUGUAAAGGACACCUCUGUGGAGGUGCUCUGGGACCCCCUGAACAUCGCCUUUGACGGCUGGAACCUCAUCUUCAGAAACACUAAAGAAGAGAACGGAGAGAUUCUCAACACCCUGUCACAGCCCGAGACCAGUUUUGAGCAGUCGGGACUGGGUCCAGGACAGGAGUAUGAGAUUAAGCUUCAUGUAGUGAAGAACAACAGCCGAGGACCCCCGGCAAGGAAGAACGUCAUUACAAUGAUCGACAGCCCCAGCCAGGUGGAGGUACGUGAUGUGACAGACUCCUCUGCUCUGAUCACCUGGUUCCAGCCCGUAGCCCAGGUCGACGGGAUCAUCAUGUCCUACGGGCCAAAAGCAGAUUCCAAGAGAGAAACCGUGGACCUCCUACCUAUGGAAACCCAGUACCACAUCGACAGCCUCAAUCCAGACACCGAAUACGAGGUGUUGCUGAAGUCCCAGAGGCGUACAAUGACCAGCAAACCUGUUUCUGAAACAUUCACCACAGACCUGGACGCCCCCAAGGAACUGCGCACAGUGAUGCAAACAGAUGAGAGCAUCACACUGGAGUGGAGGAACAGCAGGGCGGACGUGCCAAGCUACCGAAUCAAGUACGGCCCCCUCGCCGGGGGCAUGCACGGGGAAAUGAUGUUCCCCAGCGGAGAGCGGGACACCACCCGAGCCGCCAUCACCGGUCUGAGGCCCGGGACAGAGUAUGGGAUGGGGGUGACAGCGGUGAAGGAGGAACGCGAGAGCCUGCCCGCCACCACUAACGCAGCAACGGAUCUGGACACUCCCAAGGACAUGGAUGUGAAUGUGCUUACCGAGACAACCCUCAUCGUGACCUGGAAGAGGCCAGAGGCCAAGAUUGACUCCUACAAGCUGGAGUACGUGACCGCCGAUGGCAAAAGUUCUGUGAUUCAAGUGCCGGGAAGGCUCACCACUGCCACCCUGCGUAACCUGGUCCCAGGCAUGCUUUACACCAUCACCCUGCUGGCUCAGAGGGGCAGGCUGGAAAGUGCCCCCAGCACCCUCUCUGCAACUACAGGUCUGGAUGCUCCCAAAGACCUGGAAGUGAAUACAGCUACGGAGACCACCCUCGUGGUGACCUGGAAGAGGCCGGAGGCCAGGAUCGACUCCUACAAGCUGGAGUACGUGUCGGCUGAUGGCAGACGGGCCGAGGUGCAGGUGCCUGGAAGCCUCACCACUGCCACUCUGCGUGACCUGACCCCAGGCAUGAUUUACACCAUCACUCUGGUGGCAGAGAAGGACAGGCAGCAAAGUGCCCCCACCACCCUCUCUGCAGCAACAGGUCUGGAUGGUCCCAAGGACGUGCAGGUGGAUGCAGUGACUGAGACCAGCCUCAUUGUGACCUGGAAGAGGCCAGAGGCCAGGAUUGACUCCUACAAGCUGGUGUACGUGUCCGCUGAUGGCAGAAGGUCCGAGAUGCAGUUGCUGGGAAAUCUCACCACUGCCACUCUGCAAAACCUGGUCCCAGGCAUGCUUUACACCAUCACCCUGCUGGCUCAGAGGGGCAAGCGUCAAAGUGCCCCCACCACCCUCUCUGCAACUACAGAUCUGGACGCUCCCAAGGACCUGGAGGUGAAUGCAGUUACCGAGACCACCCUCAUUGUGACCUGGAAGAGGCCGGAGGCCAAGAUUGACUCCUACAAGCUGGUGUACGUGUCCGCCGAUGGCAGACGGGCUGAGAUGCAGUUGCUGGGAAGCCUCACCACUGCCACCCUACAUAACCUGGUCCCAGGCAUGCUUUACACCAUCACCCUGGUGGGUCAGAGGGGCAGGCAGCAAAGUGCCCCCAGCACCCUCUCUGCAUCUACAGAGGAAGAAAAACCUUCUUUGGGCAAUCUGACAGUCUCAGACCUGUCCUGGGACAGCCUCAGUUUGUCCUGGAAUCCCAAGGAGGGGGUCUUUCAGGCCUUCUUAAUUGAAGUGGCAGAUUCGGAGGGGCGCACUGAUUGGCAGAACCACACACUGCCCGGCAACACCCAUAACCUGGGCAUCACUGGCCUUACGCCCGGCACAAGUUACGUGAUCACCCUCUACGGGGUGUACCGGGGAAGUCUCUUAGAACCCAUCUUUGCCGUGGCAACCACAGAAGCAGAACCGGAAGUGGAGCGUCUUCAAGUUUCGGAUGUCACUGUGGAAAGUUUCCGACUCACCUGGACAGCCGAAGAUGACGUGUUUGAUAGUUUUGUCAUUAGCGUUAGCGAUUCCAAACAAGCUGCAGACCCGCUGGAGCUCACCGUCGCCGGCGGCGAGAGAUUCAAAGUCGUAACGGGUCUCAGCCCUGACACCGAGUACAAAAUCACGCUGUACGGUGUGACGCUGGGACGACACUCCCAGCCCGUUACUGCUGUUACCCGAACAGGCGUGGGAUCUCCCAAGGGAAUCCGCUUCUCUGACGUUACGGACACAUCUGCCACCGUCCACUGGAUCGUCCCCCGCGCCAGGGUGGACAGCUACCGGGUGACCUAUGUGCCCGCCCAGGGGGGAAGCCCUAUCACUGUAUCAGCAGAGGGUACUGUCUCUCAGACAGUGCUGUCCAACCUGACCCCCGGAGUUACCUACCAGGUGACUGUCAUCGCUGUUAAGGGCCUGGAGGAGAGUGGCCCUGGGUCAUCAUCUGUUACCACAGCUUUGGAUAAGCCUCGCGGUCUGACCGCUAUGAACAUCACAGACACCGAGGCCUUGCUGAUGUGGCAACCAGCUAUCGCUACUGUCGACGGCUAUGUCAUCACCUACAGCGCAGACACAGUGGCCCCGGUGAUGGAGCGUGUUUCCGGAAACAUCGUUGAGUUUGAGAUGAGCUCCCUCACACCGGCCACACAUUACACUGUCAAGAUCUAUGCUGUCCGGCAGGCCCAGAAAAGCGCAGCCACCAGUACGGAUUUCAUCACCGAUGUGGACGCUCCCCAGGACUUGGCAGCCAGUAAUAUCCAGACAGAAAGUGCCUUGCUGACCUGGAAGGCCCCUCGUGCUGACAUCACAGGCUACAUCCUCAGCUUUGAGUCGGCCGAUGGCAAAGUCAGGGAAGUGGUCCUCAGCCCCACAGCUACCUCCUACAGCAUGACCCUGCUCCGUGCUUCAACAGCGUACUCCGUUCGGCUGCAGGCCAUUGCUGGGCCCAAGAGGAGCCGCCACAUCACCACCGUCUUCACCACCACUGGUAUGCUGUAUAGAUACCCGAAGGACUGCUCCCAGGCACUGUUGAAUGGUGAAACCACCUCCGGCAUCUACACUAUCUUCUUGGGAGGAGAUGAGAGCCAGCCCAUCCAGGUCUACUGCGAUAUGACCACAGACGGAGGCGGAUGGAUCGUGUUUGUGCGUCGGCAGAGUGGGAAGCUGGAGUUCUUCCGGAACUGGCGAAACUACACCGCCGGGUUCGGAGAUAUGAACGAUGAGUUCUGGCUCGGACUGACGAGCCUCCACAAGAUCACGGCGUCCGGUCAGUACGAGCUGCGGGUUGACCUCCGGGACAAGGGCGAGACGGCCUACGCGCAGUAUGAGCGGUUCACCGUCUCCGAGCCGCGCAGCCGCUACAAGGUCCAUGUGGGAGGCUACAGCGGCACUGCCGGUGACUCCAUGACCUACCACCACGGUCGCCCGUUCUCCACAUAUGACCACGACAAUGACAUCGCCGUCACCAACUGUGCACUGUCCUACAAGGGCGCCUUCUGGUACAAGAACUGCCAUCGCGUCAACAUCAUGGGACGGUACGGGGACAACAGCCACAGCAAGGGUGUCAACUGGUUCCACUGGAAAGGCCACGAGCAUUCGAUUGAGUUUGCUGAAAUGAAGCUCCGGCCUUCCAACUUCAGAAACUUUGAGGGGAGGAGGAAAAGAUCGUAAACCAUCGGCCAGCCAACUUGCCCUUUGACCUCUCAUAGUGUCCCAUCCUCCCUCCUCUGUUCCUGCAAACCCACUCACCCCCACUGCAUCUACCAAAGCCACGGCCACGCCUCUGUCCCCCCCAUCUGCCCCAAAAUACCACCCACACCCUCAUUUUCCCCACUCAGCCAUUAGUGGUUGUGUGUCGUAGGUCAGUUAAGAACUGUUGUGGUUACCACAGACUUACAGAGACUUACAAUUUUUGGAUAAGGAACAAAGUACAGAACCUACACAAGCACUUACACCCACACACCCACUCACCAAAGAGCAGAAUAUACUAUGUUCUAUUGGAUAAAACAUGGAGCACAUUUUUUCUUCCUUCUGUGCAAAGUUGAGGUUGAGAUGGGAGACUAACGGAUGGACAGGGCAUUGGUACAAUACAGAUGAGUCUGUAUUGUAUUGUAGAUGGUGUUUUCAUCUUUUUUAUUCACUACAGAAUCCAGUGUUUUGCAGAUCAAUGUUGCACCUAGACAUAGCAGUCCACUCUGGUUUUUGUGUGGAGGGCAGAUGGUCUGUCUGUGGUCUUCAUAGUUGUGGGGUCUGUUCUUCAUUAAGUAUUAACGCAACAGCUCCAGUGGAUCCUCGACAGUGUUUCUACUCAUAAUUAUUCAGAACAUAAGCACAAACACCAAUCCUCUGUUUGGUAAAGGUAUGAAUAAUAGAGCAUUCACACAUGCGAUCAAUGGUGAGAACAUGUGCGUUACACUUUAAUGAAGAGACCCCACGACGGGGUGUCGCACUCAUUCCUUCAUCCCUCCAUCCCUCCUGCUGUCCUCCCCUUGUCCCUUCAUCAGCUUAAGCCGUCCACUGAGAAGAAGAGGAAAAAUUUGCAAGGGAAACCUCUCCACAUGCAUGUCCAGGUCACUUUACCCAACGUGUUACUCCACAGUCCCCAUGCAGCCAUGCUAUUCUCCUUCCAUGUUCUAGUUCCUGGGCAAAAAAAGUAAAAAAUAAAUAAAUAAUUGGUAGAUUUCAGUUUAUUUCUUAAUUAUGUCUUCUACAAAAUCUAAGGCAGGACCUGUUAUUCAACAUAUUAUAUUAAAAAAAAAUAUGAAUGAUAACAUUUUUGGAAAAUGUGGAAAAAAUUUGUACAAAUAUUUGUAGAAAUGUGCAAGGAGUGCGGAUCCAAAUAAAGGUAAAUUAGUCUAAUGCUGAAUUUAUGAAUUUUAAAAGACCAGUUUUGUCAGCUUUGUGAAAAGGAUUGGAUUGGACACUCUCGUGGCCUGAAUUUGUCUUGAAAAAAACACUAAAUACUUACGUGCACCAAACACGCUGUGCUUCUACAGCAAAGAACCCAAACUCCUUAUGAUGACGAAUAUAUCCCUAUAACGGCAAUGCCGAAAACCUAAAGCCACUGAUCCACCUGAAUACCUGUGUAAGUUAAAAAUACUCUGUUGGGGUUUUUUUGUUUGAUUGUUUGUAUGUCGUUGUUUUUGUUUUGUUUUCUUGUUUGUCUUGUUUUUAUUUUUUAACUAAGUGAAAAACAGGUGUUCCUAUGUAACCCUUAUUACAAUAAAACAACCUUUGUUUAAAAAA